CAGACCUGAGCCCAACUUCGAUACCUGAGGUAAAAUGAAAUAAAUAAUUUUAAAAAGCGGCUCCCCUCCCCCGCUCCCCGCGCGCGCAUGAGCAACAACGGCUAAGAAGACGAUCAGGGCGGCGGCAUUUUAUUUCUUUAUUGAACUUCUACUCCGCCCAAUAGCUGAAGCUCUCUGGGCACGUUAUGGGUUGUGCUUCGCUUUCUCCACCCUCUCCGUCAACGGCUGCUGUGUGAACGGGGGAACAAGAAAGAGGAAGAAGGCAGAGACUGUGGGCUGACUGGAAUGUCCGUCUAUCGCAGGAAGGCGGGCCUGGGCCCGCUGGAGCGCUUGGCUAGCUUCACCCCUCCCCUCGUGGUUGCCCCGGCUAUAUAGAGCAAGGAGGCUGCGCUCGGCAUCCGCUCCGACUUUGGGACAGUCUGUGAGGCACGAGGGUGUUCGUAACCUGAAAGGCAUUGUGUUUAUCGUAUUCUAUAUUUACAGUUUCUCCUUGUGAAGCACAUAUUUCAGUAUGGCUGCCUAAGCUCCUUCAAAGGGACUAGAGUCUGAAGUCUGGGAGAUAGUUUUGUGCAUAAAUACUCAAAUUAUUUUUUUACUAUUGGCUAGGGGAGCUUCUACUACUUAGUAACAUGACUUGCUAUUAUAUUUUAGUUAAUCAGUACAAAAGAUUGGAGUUUUCCUGUACAAAGCAACAUAGUCAUGUUAAAUGCUAUGACAAUCGAAUAAUAAUAAAACAACCUGGGUAAAUUCUACUAUAAUACACUAUAAGGGGGAAACAAGGAUCCAGGGCUGUUCAAAGCUUGUUGGUGGCCAUAUCAAGUUCAUAAUGGUUGGCAGAGAUAAUCACCCUUGCGUAAAUAGUUCCAUAGCUUUUCCUUGAUAUAUUCAAGGAAAGUCUUUGAAUAUCUUCAUGAUGAGAAUUACGGAAAAGAUGCACUUUUUGUUGGGGAGCAAAGGUUUGGUAUAUCAUAGGGAGAAAUGUCAGAACAUAGAUACUUAAUUUAAAUGGACUUUUCCUUAGUAUAUCAGUCUUGCACUUCUGCGUCCUGCUGUUUCAGUCCUGAUGUUCAAAUUAACAGGAUUUAGAAACCAAUGAUGCAGUCCGAUCCUGAGCUGUUUUACUUGGGUAUCCUCUGAUUUUAGAGGGACUUGUGCCCAAGUAUGUGUGUUUAGGAUUGAAACCUUAGUUUCUUCAUGACACUUCCUUUAUUUUAAGGCUGCACCCGCUCCCUUUUAAAAUAAUGGUGAUGCUAUUGCCGAUCAAGAAAAAGGAACCAACAGUGUUUUGAGGAAGAGUGGAUUGUGAAAAGGGUGACAAAUUGUUCAGUCAAAAGGAUAGAAAGUACAGGAUGAAUGAGAUAUUUAAAAUUGGGUGCUUUUUUAAAAAAAAGAAAAAAAAAUCCAUGUAAUGUUUCACUUUCAGGUUUUUUCUUUAUUAUGGCCUGAAAGUUAAUCAGACUUGCACAAAACUAUCUCCCAGGCUUCAGACUCGUCCCUUACUCCUCUCCCAUUUCAUCAUCAUGAACAUUUUGAGGUCACUCCCGUCCCAGCUGAAGAACAAUGGUGAUGUCACUGAACUGAAGUAUGACCUGUCGUGCGAACUCUAUAGGAUGUCCACCUUUUCGAAUUUCCCACUGAAUGUACCGGUGUCUGAAAGGAGUCUUGCCCGUGCUGGUUUCUACUACACCGGUCUGAAAGAUAAAGUGAAGUGUUACAGUUGUGGCUUAAUGUUGGAUAACUGGAAAAAAGGUGAUAAUGCUCUGGAUAAGCAUAGGCAACUCUGUCCUAGUUGCAGCUUUGUUCAGAGUCUGUCUUCAAUGAACAAUAUUGGCUCAUCAUUCCAUUCUGCCUUUUCACCUGCAAUUGCCUUUGGUGGCCUCUCCUCUUCACAUUCCCCAAUACAAGCACCACGUUUGGCUCAAGUUGGCUAUUUCAGUGGAAGUUUUUCCAGUUUUCCUCAGGAUCCAGUCACAUCCGGGCCAGUGGAAGAGCUGUCACAUCUGAGACCUAAAGCUACCAAUUGUACAAUGAACACAGAGGAAGUCAGACUGCACACUUUCAAGAACUGGCCCUUGCCAUUUCUGUCACCCUCCUCUUUGGCAAAAGCUGGGUUUUAUUAUGUAGGGCCUGCAGACAAAGUGGCUUGUUUUGCCUGUGGUGGGCAACUGUGUAACUGGGAGCCGAAGGAUAGCGCUAUGUCAGAACAUCGCAGGCACUUUCCGAGCUGUCCUUUCGUGGAACAAACUCGAGAUCAGUGCAGAUUCACGGUCUCUAAUCUGAGCAUGCAAACUCAUGUGGCACGUGUCGGCUCUUUCAAAAAUUGGCCGAGUAUCGUUCCAGUUCAGCCACAGCAGCUGGCAGAUGCUGGCUUCUAUUACGUGGGUCGCAAUGAUGAUGUCAAAUGUUUCUGCUGUGAUGGUGGACUAAGGUGUUGGGAGUCUGGGGAUGAUCCAUGGGUGGAACAUGCUAAAUGGUUUCCAAGGUGUGAGUACCUGAUUCGUAUAAAAGGCCAAGAGUUUAUCCGUGAAGUUCAAGCAAGAUAUCCCCACCUUCUUGAACAGCUUUUAUCCACUUCAGAUACACCCGUUGAUGAAAAUGUUGGCCCACCAAUUAUUCAUUUUGAACCUGGUGAAAAUGCUUCAGAAGAUGCAAUCAUAAUGAAAACCCCCGUGGUCGAAGCUGUCUUGGAGAUGGGAUUCAGCAGAAGACUAGUCAAGCAGACUGUUCAGAGUAAAAUCUUAACAACUGGAGAGAAUUACAAAAACGUAAAUGAUCUUGUGUCUGACCUCGUUAUUGCAGAGGAUGAAAAGAAGGAAGAAGAGAAGGAGAUGCAGUCAGAGGAAUUAACAUCAGAUCUGUCCUUAAUCAGAAAGAAUCGAAUGGCAUUGUUUCAGCGCUUGACAUGUGUGCUUCCUAUCCUGGAAAGUUUAUUAACUUGCAAAGUAAUAACUGAGCCUGAACACCACGUUAUUAAACAAAAAACCCAGACAUCCCUGCAAGCAAGAGAAUUGAUUGAUACCAUCUUGGUGAAAGGAAACACAGCUGCAAGCAUAUUCAGAAACUGUUUACAAGAAUGUGAUCCUGUUUUAUAUAAAGACUUGUUUGUGGAGAAGCAUAUGACGUAUAUCCCAGGAGAAGAUGUUUCAGGCCUGCCUAUGGAAGAACAGCUGAGACGAUUACAGGAGGAGAGAACGUGUAAAGUUUGCAUGGACAAAGAAGUGUCCAUUGUCUUCAUUCCCUGUGGCCAUUUAGUGGUGUGCAAGGAAUGUGCCCCUUCCCUUAGGAAAUGCCCUAUAUGCAGGGGGACGAUCAAGGGCACCGUGCGGACAUUUCUUUCAUGAAGGAGAGAAAACCUAUAAUUUGUUCAACAAUGUGUUCUGCUUUGUUUUACGGUUUGAUACGCAUUAAGGGCUGGCUCAAGACACCUUACUGAUUAAAGCGGCUGCAGAAUGCAGUCCAAGCAGACCAGAAUCUUUAUGCCAGAGCAAGAAUUCCUAGGGCACAUCUUUCGGGUCAGUUAUCAUGCCUCAAGUGAUGGCUCAGGUGUCUUGUCCAGACAGGCCGACCCUGUUAGAACUAGCUCCAUAGUGCCUUGGAAAUAAGUGUUCCCACUUUUUAGAUGGGGAGUGAUCAACCUUACUUAGUUUGUUACAGUUGGUGACUUGCAAAAGUAGCUAUCAGUGAUUCAUUAACCAUAUGGAAAGUUUUAUGGGGAGACUAACUUCCAGUAUACCUCUCUCUUAAUCAAAAGUAUCUUUCAUAUAGAAAGUCUUAUUAUAACUAAAAAGUUGAUAUAGCUGAAGCAUCUAUGCAGGAACUCUUUUGGGCUUCCGCACAUAUUGGUUGAUAACCGCAAAUUAGGUAGCCACAAGAGUUUCACAUUAUUUUUUGUUAGCAUGUUUUUGUACAAUAUAUAAUAAAAAUGUGGAAGUAAUAUGCUAAAAA